GACUUUCAGUACUGGCAGUCAACUGGCAGUAAUAUACGAACAUGGCCAAUGGAAUAUUCCUAUAGUUUUAGGUAUACGACAGUUUUCAAGAAUAGACGAAUAGGGGUGGAAGGGCCCUGGGUUUCGGGCUUGGAGUGCAUCCUGCGCUGCAUUAGUGUAUUAUGAGAGAUCCUGAUUUAUUGACAGAUAUUCUUGAAUUGUCAAAUGAUUCGCCCGAGAUGGAUCUCAAUGUUCACCCAGAAAGACAAAGAUUUCCUUUCUGCAUCGUUUGGACUCCGUUACCCAUCCUAACAUACAUUCUACCUUUUAUUGGACACAUGGGCAUUGCGACGUCAACAGGAGUAAUAAGGGAUUUUGCUGGUCCUUAUUAUGUUUCCGAAGACAACAUGGCAUUUGGUAAACCUACCAAAUAUUGGCAGCUUGAUUAUAUCAAAGCCAAAGGAGGCAUACAAGGAUGGGAUGCUGGUGUGGCAGAAGCUAGUGAAAUUUACAAAACUAGAAUGCAUAAUUUAUGCUGUGAUAAUUGCCACUCACAUGUGGCAAGAGCCUUGAAUUUGAUGUCGUAUGGUGACUCAAACAGUUGGAACAUGGUAAAACUUGCACUACUUAUGUUGCUUCAUGGAAAAUACGUCAGUAUUCUGGGUUUUCUUAAGACCUGGUUACCUUUCUGCAUAUUUGUUACAAUUGUACUGGUGUUAAGUUUAUGUGUAUAUUAAUUUAAAUCUAUGUAUAUAUUUAUUA